AUGUCUACCUUUUCGGCUGCUCUCGACAACGCCUUCGAGUCUAAGCAGCUUCGUUACAUUGCCGUUGACGACGAGUGCGACGACUACAAGGAGGUGCUCACCGAAAUGAUCAACGAAGCGCCCCUCCAGGCGCUGUCGUCCGAGAUGCUCAUCAGGCCGCAGGGCAAGACGGACGUGCAGUUCCUGGCGACCAUGUACCGCAAGGCGCUGCUCGGCGUGGCCAUCUGCCUACGUCCGUCCGAGGAGGAAGCCGCCACCAACACAGACAAGAAGAAGACGAAGCCCACCAUCAUCGGCACGCUCUGCAUCGGCUGGGGCGGCAUCCCCGACUCGCUGCGGCACAACCGCAACGCGUACCUGGGCAUCACGCUGGCGCGGGCGCACCGCGGGCGCGGGUACGGGCGGGAGGCGCUGGACUGGGGCGUGGACUGGGCGUUCCGGCACGGCGGCCUGCACUCGCUGUCGCUGACGACGGUGUCGUUCAACGGGGUCGGGCAGCGGCUGUACGAGGCGGCGGGGUUCGCGUUGGCGGGGAGGCGGCGCGAGGUGGCGUGGGUGAACCGCGUGUGGCACGACGAGCUGACGUACUCGAUGACGGAGACGGAGUGGGAGGCGCUGAGGGGGUUGACGGGGAAGGAGAGUAAAGAGGAGGAGGAGGAGGAGGUGGUGAAGAAGGAGGGAUGA